AAAAAAAAGUGAAAAGCGGAAGGGCAGCGUUCCGUACAAAGACCGGGCAGAUGAGCGGGUCACUUCCUUGUACGAGCGCUGGAAGGCAGCUCAUCCGCCAGUAAGUUGUACAGUUAUGUGCUCGGCGCUGCACGGUGGACAACAGAUAAAAGUGCAGUCUCCCGCCUCCCUGUCACGUUCGGACAUUUCUUCGGAGCAGAGAUGAAGCACAGUGGCCUUUGCCCCUCUUAGUGUAAACAUAUAUAAAGGAAAGAGUUUGGCCUUGAAGAGUGUUUGGUCUGGAAGAGUGUGAAAAAUGGAUCGCAGGGGGAGUUCCGAGUAUAGAGGUCUCCCUGAAUAUGAGAAGAGCCAGAUUAAGAGAACCCUUGAGCUGGGCACAGUCAUGACUGUAUUCAACUCCAAGAAGUCACAGCCUGAUCGAAGGACGAUCCAGGUGAUAAUGGAAACUGGCCAAGUGGCUUGGUGUAAGACGAAUGACAAGAUUGAAGGAUUCUUGGACCUUAUGGAAAUAAAGGAAAUUCGUCCAGGGAAAAGUUCUAAAGAUUUUCAGCGUUGCAAAUGUGAUCGCUAUAAAGAAGACUUUUGCUUCACAAUUUUUUAUGGAACCCAGUUUACCCUGAAUACUUUGAGUUUAGCAGCUGAUUCAGUUGACGAUGCUGAAAAAUGGAGAUGUGGUUUAAGUAUCUUACUUGAAGAAGUUGCUUCAGCUUCAACACCAGCAAUUAUUGAAAGUUGGCUGAGAAAGCAGAUAUAUUCUGUGGAUCAGACAAGAAAGAACAGUAUUAGCUUUCGGGAACUGAAGACCAUUCUUGCACAGGCCAACUUCAAAGCUAAUAGCGUGAGAUUGCUGAAGGACAAGUUAACGGAGAUUGGAAUUCAAAAAGAUGAUAUUAGCUUUGAACAUUUUCAUGUAUUCUACAAAAAGCUGAUGUUUGAACAGCAGAAGAUGAUACUGGAUGAAUUUCGGAAGGAUUCUUCAGUGUUUAUUUUGGGAAAUGUUGACCGUCCAGAUGGGUCAGCUGUCCACCUGCAUGAUUUUCAAAGGUUCUUACUGCAUGAGCAGCAGGAAUCUCAAGCUCAAGAUCUCAGUAAGGCUCGUGAACGAAUGACAAAAUUUGUUGAUGAUACUAUGAGGGAAACAGCUGAGCCAUUUCUUUUCGUGGACGAGUUCUUGACCUACUUAUUUUCGAAAGAAAACAGCAUUUGGGAUGAGAAAUAUGACCAGAUCUGUGUUCAAAAUAUGAAUAAUCCUCUUUCGCAUUACUGGAUUUCUUCUUCACAUAAUACGUAUUUAACAGGGGACCAGCUGCGCAGUGAAUCUUCCACUGAAGCAUAUGUGCGGUGCCUGCGUAUGGGAUGCAGGUGCAUUGAAUUGGACUGCUGGGAUGGACCUGAUGGAAAGCCAAUUAUUUAUCAUGGAUGGACAAGAACUACAAAAAUUAAAUUUGACGAUGUGGUGCAGGCUAUUAGGGACCAUGCAUUUGCUACAUCUGAGUAUCCAGUAAUUCUUUCCAUAGAGGAACAUUGCUGUGUUGAACAACAGAGACACAUGGCCAGAGUUUUUAAAGAAGUAUUAGGAGACCUUCUUUUAACAAAACCAACAGAAGCUACUGCUGAUCAAUUGCCCUCUCCCACACAACUUAAAGGGAGGAUCAUUAUUAAGCAUAAAAAACUUGAAGCAAAGAAUUCUAUAACAAAGACUGAAAACCAUAAAGAAGAACAAAAUCUGCAGGGUGAACUGUACAUGUGGGAUGCUAUUGACCAGAAAUGGUCUUCUCGUUACUGUGCGAUUGCUGGUGAUAAAUUAUCUUAUGGAGAUGAAAUUGAACAGAGUGAAGAUAGUUCAGAACCUAAGAAGACAUUGGAUUUACAUUUACAAGAGAAAUGGUUCCAUGGAAGAAUGACUAAUGGGCGUUUCAUGGCAGAAAAGCUACUUCAAGAGUAUUGUGCAGAAGUGGGAGGCAAAGAUGGGACUUUCUUAGUACGACAAAGUGAAUCUUUUCGAAAUGACUACACGCUCUCUUUCUGGAGGUCAGGCAGGGUCCAACACUGCCGUAUCCGUUCCAGCACAGAUGGAGAGACCAUCAAGUAUUUCCUGACCGACAACCUAAUGUUUGAUAGUAUCUAUGAUCUUAUUCAUCACUACAAAGAGUACUCAUUGCGCUGUGCAGAAUUUGAGCUGCGAUUAACAGAUGCUGUUCCUCAGCCCAACCCUCACUUAUUAAAAGACUGGUACUAUGAUAACCUGAGCAGAGGAGAGGCAGAAGAUAUGUUAAUGAGAAUCCCUCGGGAUGGGGCCUUUUUAAUACGAAGAAGAGAGGAACAAGAUUCUUAUGCGAUUACUUUCAGAGCGGAAGGGAAAGUAAAGCACUGCAGAAUACAAAGGGAUGGCCGCAUGUUUGUGCUAGGAACUUCUGCAUACUUUGAAAAUCUUGUGGAACUUGUCAGCUAUUACCAGAAGCACCCACUUUACCGUAAAAUGAAACUACGCUAUCCAGUUACAGAAGGGUUACUCCAGAGAUAUAGCACAGAAAAAGAUUUAAGUGUCAUUUAUGACGUGAAGGGUAAACUGUAUGUCAAUCCUGAAGAAAUUUCUCCAGCUAUGCCUCAAGGAACAGUAAAAGCUUUGUACAACUAUACAGCAGUAAGAUCAGAUGAGCUGAGCUUCUGUACAGGUGCCCUGAUUCAUAAUGUCUCAAGGGUCUCUGAAGGAUGGUGGAAAGGAGAUUAUGGAGACAAGGUACAAUAUUUUUUCCCCUCAAAUUAUGUGGAGGACAUAUCAAUGAAUGCUUCUGAAAUAAUUGCAAAUCAGCUUAUUGAAGACAGUCCAUUGGGCUCCAUGUGCAGAGGUAUCCUGGAAAUGGGAUCAUAUAAUAUCAGGAAGUUGCUUAAUGGAAAAUAUAACAAACAGUUUGUUCUGUCCCUGGAAUCCAAGAAUCCAGAAGAGCCAACAGUAGAUUUUGCAGCAGACACACUGGAAGAGUUUUUUGUUUGGUACAAACACAUCCAACAGAUUGAACAGAAAAAGGGAGCAGAGGACUUUGAAAAGGGAACACUGGAGAAGCAACAGGAGAUUGCCCGAGAAUUAUCUGAUCUGGUUAUUUACUGUAAGCCCAGAAGUGAAGCGAAGGAAAAAUUAGAUUCGCCAGAUUUUCGGGAAAUUCGGUCAUUUGCAGAGAAUAAGGGAGAGAGUAUUGCUCGACAAAAACCCAACGAGCUGUUGCGUUAUAACCGAAAAUCCUUCACACGAAUUUACCCUAAGUCCUCAAGAGUUGACUCUUCAAACUAUGACCCUCUACCUCUGUGGCUCUGUGGAGAUCAGAUGGUUGCACUUAAUUACCAGACUCCAGACAGGCACAUGCAAAUAAAUAAUGCAAUGUUCGCUUACAACGGACAGUGCGGCUACAUCUUGCAGCCAGAAUGUAUGAGGGAAGAGUCGUAUGACGCCAGUGAAUCUAGGCGACCGCUCCAAAUGAUUGUGACCAUUAAGAUCUUAGGCGCUCGACAUUUGCCAAAACCAGGGCGAGGUAUUGCAUGCCCUUUUGUAGAAGUAGAGGUAUGCGGUGGGGAAUAUGACAACAAUAAGUUCAGAACGAUUGUUGUGAAUGAUAAUGGCCUUAACCCUGUAUGGUCAUCAAAUCCUCAGCAGGCAGAAUUUGAGAUCCAUGAGCCCGAGCUUGCCUUUCUGAGGUUUGUGGUAUAUGAAGAAGAUAUGUUCAGUGACCCCAACUUCUUAGCUCAGUGCUCCAUUCCAGUUAAAUGUUUGAAAACAGGCUACAGAUCAGUUCCACUAAAAAAUGGUUACAGUGAAAACCUAGAGCUUGCUUCUCUGUUGGUUUACUGCCAAAUACAAAAAGAUCUGGAAAAAGUAGAAGAACUGUAUUCCUCAUCAAAGCAACUCCGCAAGCGCCAGGCAGACCUGAGCAAUGAACUGUUUCUUUACGACACUCACCAAAACAUGCGACACCCCAGUCGUGAGGCACUGCUGAAUGACAGUAGAGGGAAUGCCAGUCCAGAGGUGUCUAACAGGAGAUUAAAGGAAAGACAGAUCAGUAACAGCAAAUUCUACUCAUAAGGGAACGUAUAUGGAAAGUCUUUUUGCAGUAAGCACCUUGUAAAUGAGCAGUUUCCAUUUGACAAUUCAUAAAGAUGUUUACCGAUUCAUACUGAUUUUCUACAAUUUCUAUGGACAAUUGGAGUGCAGAAUUCACAGAGGAAUGCUUUGCUGCCCUUCCUCUGAAGUUCAUUCUAAGUUGAGAACUUACUUGAGAAAAUGCUGGAAUACAGGCUGGCUUGUUUACCCUAUGUUUAGACAGGUGCCUUUUUAAUUUACAUAUAUCAGCAACAGUCAAUGAGGUAGUCACCAUAGUCACUGGAUUAUCUCCAUUUUCUACAUUGUUCCCGGUGCUACAAUUUUAAGGAGCGGUAACCAUUAUUGAUAAGCUUAGUUAUGCGUCCUACUUACAUUACUAGGCCAAGCAUUGUUAGCAGCUUACAAUGAUAAAAUGUUCUCCACUGGUAUCGAUAUUAGGAUUUGUGUUAUCUUCAUAUUCAUCCAAAUAGCCUUGUACAUGGUCACUCUAGGAUAUAUUUAUUUUCAUCGACAACCAACAGGGUGACAUUGGAAAUUGCCUUUUGAAAGAUAAUUCAGUUGUGUCCCCUGAAAUGUAUUCAUAACAUAGGGUACGUCUGAAUUAAGCGUCAGAUCUAAAUGAGUGAUAAUGAAAAUAGUACAUUUACUGGUCUGCAUUCGAAUGCCAUUCUUCUUAUAUGCACAUAUCACUGACAUUACAAGGAGAAACCAUGAGGUUAGUGGGCAAGAAUUUAUAUUCUAGACUGUUUUACAUGAUACUUAGCUGCAGUCUAGACCUGCCAACCUACACAAGUAACUGUGUUUUACAAUUCAGACCUUAUCAAUCCCCCCUACCCCAACAAGUACAGCUGAAUGGCUGCCAACCCCAUUAUUGGGGUGUGAUUAAGGAUUUUCUGGGGCCGCCACACACUGGUUAUUUCACUGUUACUUCCUAACCCAAUGCACAUGGGGUAGGGGAAGAAAGUAAAUAUAGGAGCCUGUGUAAAUGCAUUGUAGUAGAAUGAAAGACACGUCACAACAUUGAUUUAAGCAUCAACAAAAACACGUGAAAUGUGUAAAGGACUCGGUAUGUGCUCUCCAAGUUUAGUUUGAAUGCAGCAUGGACAAGGAAUCUCUUGCAGUUCUCAUUUUAAUGUUAUUCUAGACUAUUAAUUAUUCAAAUGUUUGGACAAUUUUACCUAUGCAUCUGUGUGUGUGUGUGUUUGUUUUGUAUCACAUGAAAUCAACAGGCAAUUGCAGUGUGUGUAAAAUGAGUGUGCUUAAUAUAGCAGAAUGUCUUUUUCAAAACGGUGUAAUUCACACUUCAGGAAUUCAAUAAAUUGUUAUUGGUUAAACAAAACUCAGAUCUGACAGUUUAAGGGGCCAAAUUUACAGCUAAUUCUGGUAUAGAGGGUGGUAGAGAGAAAAUCUUCAUGCCCUCUUGUCUGUGCUACUUGUAGCUGUGCCCUAUGCUUGUCAUCACAACAAGUCUAUUCACCCCCUUAUUAUCUGUGCACCCCACAUGUCCCAUUUCAUCCAAGCUGGAGCGAUCAUGAACAUGUAGGGGCCCAUUUAUUAAAACUUGAUUUUUUUUUCUGGUCGAGGUUUUUAGGGGCAAUACCUAAAAUUUCUGAAGAUUUAUUAUACUCCAAAGCUGGUAAAAAUCAGCCAUCUCAAACCUGUCGAGGUAAUGUAGAAGUCAAUGGCACAUGUCCCUGAAGUUGUUUCUCCACAUCGUGUUUUGCACUGAAUAAUCCGGGAGUUUCGUCCGAUAAUCCGGAAAAGACGAUAAAAUCACGUUUUUGGAGA